AUUGCUGGCUGUUGCUCGAGACCCCUAUCCAGGGGUAGGUUGCCCGCCUGUUGCCUGAGACCCCAGCCCAGGGGUAGAUUGACACCUGUUGCCCGAGAUUCCAGUCCAGGGGUAGGUUGCCCGCCUGUUGCCCGAGACCCCUGUCCAGGGGUAGGUUGCCCGCCUGUUGUCCGAGACCCCUGCCCAGGGGUAGGUCGCCUGCCUGUUGCCCGAGACCCCUGCCCAGGGGUAGGUCGCCUGCCUGUUGCCCGAGACCCCUGCCCAGGGGUAGGUUGCCCGCCUGUUGCCAGAAGACCCCAGCCCACGGGUAGAUUGCUGCCUGUUGGCCGAGACCCCAGUCCAGGGGUAGGUUGCCGCCUGUUGCCCGCCUGUUUC